AUGGCUGGUGGUUCUUCUGAUACAUCUGGUGGAAGUGGAAAGGAUGAUCAAAUUAAUUUUGAUGAUCCUCUUUACAUCCAUCCUUCUGAUAAUGCUGUUACAUCAAUCAUUACAACGAAAUUAACUGGAAAUGAAAAUUUUAGACUUUGGAGGAGCUCUAUUUCUAGAGCUCUUAAAGCUAGGAAUAGGCUAGGGUUUGUAGAUGGUACUUUUAAAAGAAGUAAGGUUGAUGAUUCCAAACAGGCUAAGUGGGACAGGGCCAAUGCAGUUUUUUGUUCUUGGCUUCUGUCUUCUAUUUCUGAUUCCAUCUAUCAGAGUCAAGCUUAUUCUAAAGUUGCUGAAGAAAUUUGGGAAAAUCUUUUUGAAACAUAUAAUAAAUCUGAUGGGUCAGUUGUGUUUAAUAUACAUCAGCAAAUUAAUUCUCUUAAACAAAAUGGUAUAUCUUUGUCAGAUUACUUCAAUAAGCUUGAUUCUUUAUGGAAGGAAUUUGAUGGUCUUACUAGUUUAACUGAGUGUACUUAUGAUGCUUCUGUGAAACUUAAAGAUCAUUCUAAUCUCAUGAAACUUAUGCAGUUUCUUUUUGGACUUGAUGACUCUUAUAGUCAGGUCAAGAGUCAAAUUUUGUUAAUGGAUCCUUUGCCCACUGUGAAAACAACUUUCUCUAUUGUGUCUAGAGAAGAGUCCCUUCAAAGGAAUGGGUCUUUUACCUCUUCUCAGUCUGUGUCUAAGACUCAGUCAAAUGCUUUUCUAGUAGAUUUAAUAACAGGGGCAACUCUAAUAAAAAUAAGGGUCAAACUGUUCAAUGAUUUUAGAUCAAGGAAUGAAACGGGUAAUCAACCUAAUUUUGUGAAAAACUUUUCUGCUAAUUCUUCUGUCACUCCUUCUGGAAGUGGAAGUGCUUCUAAUCCUUCUGACUCUAAUGAUGAUUCUGAGUUUCAUCAACUCACUAAGGAUCAGUAUGUCAAUUUUCUACAAUUAAUUGGUGACAAACAAAUUAAUGAAGAGUCUUCUGUCAGUGCAAAUAUGGCAGAUUUGGUUGUGAAUCAUCCUAAUGGUACAUCUGCAAAAAUUGAAAAAAUUGGGAAUUUAAAUUUGUCUGACACUUUGACUUUGUUUGAUGUGUUUGCUGUUCCUGAUUUCAAUGUAAAUCUUUUAUCUGUUCAUAAGGGUUUACAGUCAAAGGUGAUGGUGGGGAAUGGUAGAGAGUCUGGAGGUCUCUAUUACAUGAAUAGUGUACCUUCAGGUAUUUCUUCUAAUCUUUCUAAGUCAUCUUCUUUUUGUGUUAAAGUUAAAAUUGUUAGAUCAGAUAAUGGCACUGAGUUUUUAAAUAAUAGAAUGAAAUUUUUAAUUGAGUCAAAAGGAAUCUUACAUCAAACUUCUUGUGUUCAUACUCCACAACAAAAUGGAGUUGUGGAGAGAAAACACAGACACAUUUUAAAUGUUGCUAGACCUUUAAUGUUUCAGUCUGCUGUUCCUCUGAGAUAUUGGGCAGAUGCGGUUUUAACCUCGGUUUUUUUAAUAAAUAGAACUCCUACUUCAGUUUUGAAUGGUUCUUCUCCUUAUGAACUUCUUUAUAAUAGUGCUCCUGUUUUUGAUAAACUUAGAGUAUUUGGUUGUUUAUGUUUUGCCACUAAACUGAAUAAUUCAGAAAAGUUUUCUGAAAGAGCUGAUAAAUGUGUUUUUCUUGGAUAUUCUUCUGAUAAGAAAGGUUACAAAGUUCUUAGUCUUGACUCAAAUCUUAUUUUUGUUUCCAGGGAUGUAAAGUUUUAUGAAUCUGUGUUUCCAUUCAAGCUUAAGUCUUCAUCUUUGACCAAUAGAUCUAAUGUUCCUAUGAGUCCCAAUGAUUUGUUUUCCUAUGAUGAGUCUUUGAAUUCUAGUUCUAUUCUUGAUAACACUGAACUAGAGAACCUAGGAGGUGACCAUCAGUUGGAUGGUGCUAAUACUGAUCAAGUCCUGGAUGAGACUAGUUUUUCUAAUGUCAACAACCAAACUGAUGAAGUGUAUGUGCCUUUGAGUGAAAGGAAAACAUAA